AUGUAUGGCACAUCCCACUCAUCCGUCUCCGCCCCGAUGAAUGGUAUCGCUGGAGAGCUUGUCGAUGGGUCGGGAACUAUCAACCCUGCCGCGUUGAAUAAUAACUCUGUUGCAGUUGCUCUUCCAACCCCAGCCUAUGGUGGAACAGCAUCGGCCGUGCCUGCAGCGUCAAUAGCGACCACCCCAAGUCUCCUCCCCCCGCGUGGUAUCAAGCGCAGUCGAACCCCCGACCAACGCGCAAACCCACGCGUGGAUGGUGAUCAUGACGACGAUGAACAUGGCCGGCGGAAACGAGGUCGGCCUCCUAAGUCUUAUCGACCCUCCACCGCAUCAACCGACAACCAACAGUCGCCCUCCAGCACUACCUCACAGACGCCUCGAAUGCAGUCUCAAUCACUACCCCAAACCCACGUGAAUGCGUCCCCCGCACAGGCAUCUCCUUCCGAGAAGACUACGCCGACCAAGACCACCGUCAUCAAAGCGCUCCCGACGGUUCGCGACCACACCACCGAUCAACUGAACGAUGAAGGGGACGAGUACAUUCCGAAGGAGUUCGACGAAGCCGGUGAGAAAAAAGUCGAUGCCAUGGGUUACCCUCAAGGUGGCCGCGAAUUCAAAUGCCGCACGUUCCGGGUACCACUCCGUGGCAACAAGCUCUUCAUGCUGGCCACCGAGUGUGCACGAGUUCUCGGCUACCGUGAUUCAUACCUCUUGUUCAACAAAAACCGGUCCCUUCACAAGAUCAUCGCGUCACAGAUCGAAAAGGACGAUCUCAUUCAGCAAGACGUCCUUCCGUAUUCCUACCGCUCGCGCCAGAUCGCCAUUGUCUCCGCCAAAUCCAUCUUUCGGCAGUUCGGCAGCAGGGUGGUGGUGAAUGGACGGCGCGUGCGCGACGACUACUGGGAGAGCAAAGCGCGCAAGCAGGGCUUCACGGAAGACGAUCUGGCCGGCGAGAAGCGUCCCGGGGCCUCCAAGGCGCGAGACCUGGCUGCUGCAGAAGCGGCUAGUGCGGCGAGCUUGCUGCCGGCUCUUGCGCACGGCGAUGUUAUCUAUAGUAAUGCGCUGGAGGGUAUGCCGCACAGCUUACCGAUGGGGCCCUCGUCAUCGGUCUCAUUGGCGCCGCUUUCAUUGAUUCACAUGGCCACCACCACCGACGACCCUCGACUGCGGGAGUACAACAGCAUGCCACGUCCCCGCCAGGAGCUGACGGGCCAGCCGUUUCAAGAUCGAACCCAGCCGAGUUCAGCAGCCGAGAUCCUCAAUCAAGCCUCCCACACAGCCGACUUCAACAAGAUCCUUAGCUCGCAGCGCAGUUUUCGCCAGAAGGGGCUGGAAGAGUUUUAUGCGAGACAACGCGAGAUUCCGUCGUCUGGCGAUACGUCACAACCUGGCCAGCUAGACGCCGCCGCUUCGGUCUCGCAACCCUUGCAAUCUCCCCAGAUGGCUGCUACCGGAAUGAUCAACUCCACACAGCCGCAAGCCAUGCUUCCAACACAGACGCCCAUAAUGGCUGGUCAGGCCAGUUUCCAAGCGCCUGUCGCGCACCAUCAGGGUCCCGUCGCGCAGUCCCCCGUUCAGGCCAUGCCUGCGGUGCGACCCAACUUGAUGCACCAGCGAUCGAACCCAGCCUUGUCCGGAGGCACCCCCCAACCCCCCAACUCGUACGGGUACCCAGCGCAGCAGCAGAUGUGGGGCCAGCCACCUCCGCCUCCACAGCAAUCACCCUUGUCUGCCUCUGGUGCGCAGGGUGUCGGGAUGCCGCAGUACGCUGCUCAGAUGCAUGCUCCACAGCAGUCUCCCUCCCCCCUGGCGCAUGCGGUCCAGGGACAGCACCAUCCCUCCCAAUCGCCACGUAACCAAGCCCGUCCGUCGGUGUCUCAGAUGCCGCAAGCCUACCAGCUCCACCAUCCACAGGCCCCUCAACCACAGGGCAUGCCGAUGGGAUACCCAGGAGGCGCGACUCCAUACAACGUCCAAGCUGCGCGAGCCUUGUACCCGUCAACACAAGGUCCAGGUGGGCAACCAUACUUGGCAGCAAACCCACAGCAGCAAGGUAUGGCAAUGGGAAUGGGUGCUGGGGGCGCCAUUCAGGGCUGGCCGCCGAGCGGGCCCAUGCAACCCGGUCAGCCUCAGGCGGGCCAAUCAGGCACUCCCUUGGGAGGUUGGUCGGGCUAUUAG